AUGGCUGGCGCCCGGCCAUUGCGUAUCUCGUCACACUUCAACCGGUCUAGCCCUUACACGAAGAUACCACCAGAGAUCACUUACGCGGGUGGCGAGCAAGUAGGGAGCACAGUCAGCACCUACAGCGACAACACAGCCUGCAAGCAAAUAACCUUCGGCGUGCAGGCCAUCUUCGGCCCGUUCGACCCCCUCCUCGGCUCCCACAUCCAGUCCAUCACGGACGCCCUGGACAUCCCGCACCUCGAGGCCCGGCUGGACAUGGAGCCCCAGGAGAAGGAGUUCAGCAUCAACCUGUUCCCGUCCCACCUGUCCCUGAACCAGGCCUACAAGGACAUGAUUCAGUUUCUCAAGUGGAAGAAGAUUGCUAUCAUCUACGAGGAGGAUUUUGGCCUCAUGAAGCUGCAGGAGAUCAUCAGGUCACCGCCGGACAAGAGCAUCGAGAUCUACAUCAGGCAAGGUCACCCGGAGAACUACAGAGACAUCUUGAAGGAGGUCAAGUAUAAGGAGAUCUUCAGCGUCAUUGUGGACACGCUGCCGGAGAACAUGCAUCUGUUUCUGAGAUGUCUUCUGCAGUUUACAGAUGAAUGA